AUGUAUGUUGUGUGCUCCCUUCUCUGCUGUUCUGAUGUGUGCGUGGGAAAGGUGGGAAAGGGAAAGAGUGUUAACAUUGUGAUGACCCGCACAGGUAUGGGCAAGUUCGAAUUCAUCAGUGGUAUUCAUAAUGAGCUUGGCAGAGAGCCUUUCAUGGUUAUGGACUACAACACGACUGAAGGAGGGACAGGACAUCCAGGUUUCCUAUGCCACAAGCAACCAGCUAUAGAGAAACAUCUUCGAUGCAAGAUGGAGCAAGCACAACACUCCCAGCUACGACUAGGGGCAACAGUAACGUCGAUUCGAGAAGAUACAGAAUGGACCUACAUCACUUAUGCCUCCUCGCCCACUGGACAAGAACGGCAGCUCCGCAGUAAAUUCCUCGUAGGCGCAGACGGAAAAACAGGCUUCACACGAAAACACUACCUCGAACCCCGCGGCAUCACCCUAGACCAAGUGACUUCGUCAGCCUACUCGCAAACCUGGGUCGCUCUAAACUGGAAGAUCUCGCUGCCUAACUCCGACACGCAUCCUGACUUUCCGUUGUGGCGCCAGGGAUACACGCCCCAACAAGUCUACGACCUCUUCUUCCCCAACGAUUUCAGAUUCCUGUGCAACCCGCAGCGAGCGGCUGUGUGUGGCCGUUUCGGACUGCCCGCCGACCGGCUCUGGCGGUUUGAAUUCGUGGUUUUGGAGGGUGAGGAUGGGGUGGACAUGGCUGGUCGGGAAAAGAUACAGCAAGUGGUAUACCCGUAUAUCACGCACCCUGGAAGCAAGUAUGGUCUUGACGGGUACGUAAGGUAUCCAUUGGAUUGUAUCGAGGUUCUGCGUUGCCGCCCAUUCAGCUUCUCGGCACGGAGCUGUAAUAAGUGGGCAUUGAGUCGCGUGGCGCUCGUUGGAGAUGCGGCGCAUGUUUUCCCGCCAUUCGGGGGACAGGGCAUUGCGAGUGGGUUUCGGGAUGCAAUGGGACUUGCCUGGCGUCUUGCUCUUUUGACCCAAACGCCUCCUCAGUCGUAUCAUCAUCCCUAUGCCGACUCCAAACAACCUACUACUUGCAAUGUCAACCACCAAAGAUUGCUGCAAGGUUGGUACACAGAACGCAAACAACAACUCGACCACUCGCUCGCAUCUACCAUUGAAAACGGAGCGUAUGUCUGCGAAACGGAUUCGCUCAAGAUCUUUGUGAGGGACUGGUAUCUCUGGGGAAUGCAGUUGGUGCCGAGUUGGAAGAGAUGGCUGGAACAAGGAAAUCGAAAGGAGGGGUUGACCAGGUAUGAGUGGCAAGAGAGGGAAAACAUGGCCUUCUUGCCGGGUGGAAGUGGGGGAGGGAAGAACUUCCCGCAAGUGUAUUGCGUGGGAGUAACCGAAAAGGAGGAGAAGAAGGGGGUCAGGUUCACCGACGAUGUCAUCUUCGGACAAGGGAAAAAGGGGCUGUUCCGACUUGUUAUCUUCAUCGAUGGUGUACUGGACCUCCAUCGCAUCCAGCCACUGCUCAAUGAUAUUGAGUCCGUCUCAGGUGGUAUGUUGGGAGCAGCUGAAACGACAUUCUUCUUGAAGACUACCAAGAUGAUCCAAACGAGCUGGACUUUGCCUACGCAACACCCGAAUGUCUACCGUCUAGCAACAGGCCAAGAAUUUGCAGCUUCACCACUUUGUCAAGGGCGUCCAGAGCCGCAGUACUAUGAGCCGGAUCGUAUUUGGCGGGAGUCGGAUAGAAAGCAAUUCGUUAUCCUGCGGCCUGAUCGCUUUGUUUUCGCUACUUGCAAGGAUUUGUUUGAGCUAAAGAGAGCGGCUGCUAAGUUGAUGGGUUUAGUGUCUGACGGGUGGGUUGAAGGGGGUGGGUGA